AUCUUUCGUACGUCAUAGGUCAUAACGAUUAUUGAUUAAUAGUAAGCAAGACAUUUAAAACAAGUAUAUCGAGUAUACACGUUACAUGUUCUGACUUACCUAUGUUAUAACAAAUAAAUAAUUUUCCUUUAUUACUGAAGUAUUGACUUAUAGACUAUUAUAGUCUACUUGGUCUAGUUAUCUAGUGUCCAGUCGGCAGUCACCAGUCACUGAGUAAUGUUUGUGCUCGAUAGUGCUAACUGCUGAAAAUAUCAAAAUCCAUUUUGAUGAACUGAUUAAUUGUGAAAAGUUAAUUAAAUAUUAGUUACAUAGGAUGGCAUCUGCUUACAGUUCUGAAACAGUUGACGAUAUCACAGAUAUCACUGAAAGUUUGAAACAGUUAUCUGUUGCAAGAGCCCAAAUUAAUUCGUUGAGAAAACAGAAUGAGUCUUUAAAAAAACAGCUGAAUGAAAAGGAUUUAACUGCUUCAAACGAACCAAGCACAUCCAGUAGCUCUGGAAAAAUAGAACUAUCCAUUAUUGGAACGAUAAAAACAAAAUUUAAAGAACGUAGAGGUGUUCCUCGACAACCCGGUCUCUGUCCACUAGCCCAAGCUUGUCUGACAAUAUCAAACUCUAUAUUCACUAAUCCUAACCAUGCUCUUGAAGGUCUCUCGGAUUUCUCUCAUAUGUGGGUUUUGUUUCAUUUUCAUAAAAAUGAAACCACUCAUGUCCAUGCAAAAGUAUCACCACCUAGAUUGAAUGGACUGCGAACCGGUGUACUUGGCACUAGAUCUCCACACCGACCCUCACCAAUUGGUUUGUCUCUAGUGCAAAUUGAUAAAGUUGAAGGAAAUUCUGUGUAUUUUUCUGGUGUGGACAUGAUAGAUGGUACUCCAGUGCUUGAUAUCAAACCAUAUAUUCCUCAUUAUGAUGCACCAGCUUCCUUAAGAUCUGACCAACACGUUUCAUUAUUUGAUAAUGGGUCACAUCAAAUACUAUUGGAUCCAUUGACAACUGACCGAGAAGCACCUGAUGGAGAAGAAACUGAUACAUAUGAUAUGCCUCUUUCUCCACUUCAUACAAGGGUGCGAGUACCUCUGUGGAUUACUGAACCACUGAUGCAACAACUAACAGUGGAGUUCUCGCCGAGAGCAAGAGAAUUUUUAGACACAUUGGAUACUAAUGAUAUUGAAGCAACUAUAGUAAGCAUAUUGAAAGAAGACCCUCGAUCAGUAUAUGUCCGUGAACGUUAUAGUAAUCAAUUUUAUACAUUCUUAAUCGGAGGCUAUCAUGUGAGUUGCAAAUUUGAUGAUAAUAAACACACAAUAAGUGUCUACAGAAUAUCAUAUGUUGAUAAUAUGGAGAAUGUACCUGAUCAAGAAGGUGCCCAAUGUUUGUCUAUAGAUUAAUAUUAUUAGUAAUUUUAACUACAAUAUUUUUUUUACAACUGUGUUCCUUUUUUACAUCUCUCUUUGAAAUAUUUAUUGUUAAUGUGAUAUUAUGGUAUGAAAAUUUAUUGUUUUUUUUUUACAAUUCAAAUAAUCAACUUAAAUAGUUUGAUGAAAUCCUAUGACUGUUAUCAUUCUUAGUUUUAAUUUAUUUAGUAUGAUUGUUUUGUUUGUUUUUUUUUUUUAUAUUGAUCAUAAAUAAUGAAUAAAUAAUAAUAAUACAGUAGUAAUAAAGUUCAUAAUUUACUGUAAGUAUUAAAUUAGAAGAAAGUAAAUUUUUGUUCAUACGUCAGUAAUGUGUACAUAAAUAAUAUUGGUGUACCUUACUAUAAUAGAUCUUAAAACAUAAUAUGUGAAAUUAAAAAACCAAUUUAAAUAUUGAAUGAAUAUGAACAUUAGUAUUUGAUGACAACAAGUUAUUAUAAUUAUAAUUAUUCAGUAAUAUUAAAAUUUUUGUAUUUUAAUAGUAUUUUGUAGUUUGGUACAAUAUUAUAAUACUUUGAACAAGUUAUUUUAUUAUAUAUUUACAUUUAUUAUGAA